AUGGCCAGCAUGGUGGAACUCUGCUCCCAGCGAUCGCUACGAGAGCUGAAACAGCAACUGCUGAAAGCCCUAGAGGAAGAUACAGCGGAAGAUGGCGACAAAAACGAUGGGGGCGAACUACCGGAAGGACAGUGUCGCCUGGCUGCCUUGCCGGACUUGCUGAGAAGGUGUCGUGUUUGCGGCCUCUCACUCGCAGAGGCUGGUUUGGGCAGUGGCCCGGACGGCUCGCGACUCGAGAAGACACUUUUAGCUCUCCGCAGCGGGCAAGCAGUGAGCCCAGACAAUGAGGAAGCUGCUUUGGGAGGCUUGACCAGGUGGCUGCAAUGGCUCCGCAGCUGGAUCCCCCCAGGGUCAAGGAUAAACAUUGAUGCUGCACUAGAUAGCUUGAAGGAGAGGCGCUUGGAAGCUUCCAAAGGUGGAGCUGCGCUGCGUUGCUCGAAGGUCCCAGACAUGGCCGAACGGUGGCCUCCAGUUUGGAUUUGCCACCUGAUUGAUAGCCAUCAACUUCUAAAAGAUGCCACUGAAAGGCUCAUGAAAGAGCUGAAUACCCUCAGGAUGAGGACGGAGACGUCUCAAACGUCUCAGGACGGCAAUGCCCUUUUUGCGGAGGCCCGACGUCGAGUUGCAGAGGAGCUGGUCGAGAUAGCGGAGGGCACCACAGCAAUCACACGACGUCGAUGUGACGGCUUAGCACGUCGCUGGGUGAGGCGUUAUGCCGAGGAGGCUGCCAGGAGUCUCUGGACGGCCCCCAGCUACCCUGCGCGGCGCUUUCGUCAGAACCUGCGUGAGGGUGGAAUCUGCAUCAUUGAGGAUGUCUUGGACUGGUCCCUGUUGCUGAAGAGUCACUCUGAGGCGGCUCAAGUCCUGAGUGAGGAGUUUCGGGUCAAUUGCAAUGGACAGAGUCGUUGGGCGGAGCUCAUGGAAUCGCAGCUGCAGGAUGCAGGGUGUCAAGGCUUGGCUACGUGUGUGACCUUGCUGCAUCAACUCCAGUGGAGUCUCAGUGAUCACUGCUGGGGGUCAUCCAAGGCUCCCGGGGCUCCCGGUUUUCGCCGCUGCAGAUGGUCGAGUUCUGGCGAGGUGACUUUAUGGCAAUCCAUACCCGCCAAAGAGGAGUCUCCGGUGUCAAGUUCCAAGUUCUUGGAGGACGUCUCGGACUCCGAAACGUCCUUGCUGGCAAUCCUUUUCCUGAAUACACCUUGUUGGCGCCCUGAUUGGGGUGGUGCUUUGAGGUGCCAUGACCUUGAAAGAGGCAUUUCUCGUGACGUUUGGGGAGAUGGUGGACGCAUGGUGCUUUUGGAAGAGGCUACAGCUUCUCAUGAGCUGUUGGCGGCCUCCAAAACUCAGACAGUUUCAACCUCAGUGAGGGUGGAUGCAUGGACCACAUUCUUCGAUGCUUGCUGA